GGCUAAAGGCUUCUCUGCAGCGGCUGCAGCUGGAGUACGUGGACGUCGUCUUCGCCAACCGGCCGGACAAUAACACCCCCAUGGAAGAAAUUGUCCGAGCGAUGACCCACGUGAUCAAUCAAGGCAUGGCGAUGUACUGGGGAACGUCGCGCUGGAGCGCCAUGGAGAUCAUGGAAGCCUACUCCGUAGCCAGGCAAUUUAACAUGAUACCCCCCGUGUGCGAACAAGCCGAAUACCAUCUUUUCCAACGAGAGAAAGUGGAGGUUCAGCUGCCAGAAUUAUACCAUAAAAUAGGGGUGGGAGCAAUGACGUGGUCUCCGCUAGCCUGUGGGAUCAUCUCAGGGAAAUAUGGCAACGGGGUCCCUGAAAGCUCAAGGGCUGCACUAAAGUGCUACCAGUGGCUGAAAGAGAAAAUCAUAAGCGAGGAAGGCAGGAAGCAGCAGGGGAAGCUGAAAGACCUGUCGCCCAUCGCCGAGCGUCUGGGCUGCACGCUGCCGCAGCUGGCCGUCGCAUGGUGCCUGAGAAACGAGGGGGUGAGCUCCGUCCUUCUAGGAUCUUCCAACCCAGAGCAGCUGAUAGAGAACCUCGGAGCCAUACAGGUCCUUCCAAAGAUGACAUCCCAUAUCGUAAACGAGAUAGAUAACAUUCUGGGAAAUAAGCCCUACAGCAAGAAGGACUACAGAUCAUAAGGCAAUGCAUGAAUUCCCUGGACUGCAUGGUUUAAAAAGUGCUCUGCACAGAAGUACAGCCCCGAGUUACUAUCUGGUCAUGAGAAUCAUUCAGCAGCUUGCUGCUCAGUGUCUACUGUCACUGGAUCCUUCGAGAUGUGUGCUGUUGCUACUAAUCUGCAGUGAAAUUGAAAAGCACAGUUGAUCUCUCUUCUAACCAAGAAUGAUCUUGUAUUUUCUUACCUUCGACUGAAUUCGUUAAUUUUUACUUUACUCUUAGCACCUCAUGCUUGUGCUGCGAAAAACACUUGUAAAGCAAAAAAUAAUUUAUAACCUUCAGGUACUUGGUAAUUAAAGAAGGAUGUACAGAUCUAUUUUUUCAAUGAAGAAAAGCCAGAUACAACUUAAGGUUUUAAUAAAACCACAUUUGGGAAAUCUCAA